GUUUUUUUUUGCCAGUUUGUUUUUUUGGCGCUUUGAGUGCUAAGCUCCAGUUGGUGAAGGUUUACAUAUGAAACUCUAAUUAUUUAUUUUAACAAAAGUCAUAUUUUAACCUGUUUAUAAUCGGGUCGAGAUGUUUUUUACUCAGUUUAUAAAAUGAACCUGGUGAAUUUGUAAAUAGAAGUGAACUCAAUUCCACAAAAAAAAGUUAAUUUCAUUAAAACACUUUGAAUUUUUUGUGUUUUUAAAGAAAUGGAUCGACCAUCAAGGAAUAAGAAAACCAUCAGUUAUUCAGACUUCUUGGAUGAUGAUGAUGAUGAGGAUUUUGCCACGGUGAAAGUCCCUCCGAACAAAAAAGCCAGAGUUUCUGUUAAAGAAUCUCAGCCAGAGAAAAGCAGGAAAAAUGAACUCGUCGAUUUACCAGCUAAAGCACGCAAAGAAAGAGUGUCUCUGGAUGAAAAACUGUAUGACAGACAUCUAGAAGCUGCUCUGAUUCUGUCUCAUCUUGAGUCUGCAGAAAAGCUCAGAGAGCCACUUAGCAACCCUUUAAAUGAAGAAGUAAAGCUCCAGGAAGAUGCACCUCCAGUGCUGACACACUUCACUGUCGAUGGCAGCUGCUUUGAUGGGAAUAAACCUUCAAGUCUGCCUUCUGAAGACGUGCCCCCUGUGCUGUCCAACUGUAGCGUGGAUGUCACCAGCUUGGGUUUAGAUCACAUCAGCAGUGAGCAGAUGCCCUCGUCUGCUAUAUGCACUAAGAGAAAGUCCCAAAAAGUGACAGAGCAACAGAGUAAACAGAACGAAGAGGAUGAAGACUACAGACCUCAGAACACACCAGAGAACGAGUCAGAGUUCAGUGACUUGGACGAGAGCGAGGAUGAAGAGUACACCGUGAAGAGAAAACAAGAUAAAAGGAAACUAUCUAAGAAAGAGAAAAGGACAUCUCCAAAAUCUAUUAAGAAAGAGAAGAAGCCAGUGAAAGUGGCUAAAACCAAACCACAGUCUAAAGUCAAAAACUCUUCAGGACUGAGUAGUCCAGAAGUCAGAAGUCCAUCUGCUGCACAGCCUCUCUCUGCACUAAACAGAAGUCCCAGCACUCCUCCUGUCAAUAAAUCUGCUCUCCAAUCCAGUCCUGCUGGAGGCAGAGUGCCAAAGUGGACUCCUCCUGGCUUGGUAGGAAGGAGCCCUAGUUCAUGUCAGAGUCCUCCCCUGAAGUCUCCUGGUCUGGGUCUGCGAUUAGGACUGUCCCGCCUGGCUCGAGUUAAACCCCUGCAUCCCAAUUCUGUUGCACAUUAGAUGCUUUUUGUCAAAAAAAAAAAAAUCAUUAUUUUGAAUAGAAUCUGUACUGCUAAUGAGUGAGUCUUCACUUUUUUAUUGAAAAUCAUUCAAUCGACAUAUUGUCGUUUUAUGUGUCUUUGUGUAUUUGUCUUUAUGGUGUGAAAAUUAAAGGUGUAAAUUAAAUUCUUGUCAUCGUUCGAACAAGGUCUCCAAACCCGGGGUUUUGCACAGAAAUAGGGCGGUUCAGACGUGUGGCACAGACUGACAGAUUGAACGAAACUGUAAUGUAUUUCAUUUUAUUAUCUUGGUUAUACAAAUUCAGUAAACUGUUCUGUUUU